AUGGCUUCAGAUUCCAAUUCAAAUCUUAGAAUCACCAUUGAAAGAAAUCCAUCUCAGUCACGUUUGGCUGAAUUGAACAUCAAGUGCUGGCCCAAAUGGGGUUGUUCACCAGGAAAGUAUCAGUUAAAAUUUGAUGCAGAAGAAACAUGCUAUUUAUUGAAAGGAAAAGUGAAGGCAUACACAAAAGGUUCAUCAGAUUUGGUAGAAUUUGGAGCUGGAGAUUUAGUGACAAUUCCUAAAGGACUGAGUUGUACUUGGGAUGUUUCUGUUGCUGUUGACAAGUACUACAAGUUUGAAUCAUCUUCUUAUAGUUCUUCUUCAUCUUUACCAUCUUGUUAA